ACAAUCUCAAGAUAUACAAUUUCUUGCAGCUCGUCGAUGGGAAUAUUUAAUUGUAGAAUCACAACGUGAAUUAGAAAAAUUUUAUUUAUACUAUUAUGAUAAUUAUGAUGAUGAUGAUGAUGAUGAUGAAUAUCCAAUGUACAACGGAAAACAAAAUGAAUUUCAUUCAUCAUUUUAG